UCAGUUCUAUUCAAUACCGGAGACAAGACUGAGUAAACCACGAGAUCUCAACCAGAGACAAAGGAUUUAUCAGGAAUCUUUGCAAGGUUUCAUCCUCUCACGAUGUGGUGGGAUUAAUUGAACAUGUGACCUGUCUCCAGGUUCAGACUAAGGCUAUAAAGAGAAGAAUCCAUCCUAAACCAUCCAGAAAUUAACCGUGAAUGUUAUAGAUAAAGUUGGUCCGACCUUUCUCUGCGAAUAUCAAAAUAUUUUGCGAGCUAAGACGAAAAUGAAAAACACUUAUCUACUCCGGGAAUCUUGUGGAUAUUUACACAAUAGAUAAAUAGAUAGAUAGAUAGACUUGAAGCUAGAUAUUUUGGAUAAUAUGAGAGGAACUUCCUUGCUCUGGGUUCUUUUCUUGGCUAGGCUACCAACAGAGUUCGCGUCAGGAGUUUGUGAAUUGCCUCCCAGCUGGGUUGGGAACUGGUUUGAGUCUGGUGUACGUGAAGGGGUAAAUAUAACUCUGCUAGAACUCUCACACAAGGGAACCUGUAUACGGAGCAGGCAGCAGAACCAGUUUAUCUUUAAAGAUAGACACGAGGGCUGCUACCGAUGUUUAUCUAUGUACGAGAAACAUGCUAAUAUCCUGCAGUACAAGGAGAGUAGGUGUGUUGCAGAUAGAACCCAUAGACAGAUAUGCCACAGCAUAUCUGUUGAUGAACCAUUGAAAACUCUUUUCCGGGUUCGGUCAGCUCCGGAGCUCUGUCCAAUCACAGGUCAUUUUACGUUUUCAUACAGUCGAGGGCACGGUGAAUGUGGAUACCCUCUCUCCUCCCUAUCCCAGUGCAGGAAUGGAUCCUCAUUAGUGUUCAGAUACCAAGCCUGCCCGGAUAUUAAAGGUUCGGAGAGUGGAAUAGAAUGGGCUCACUGUGUCGCAAGUUGGAGAGAAGGGAGCACAGACUAUUUCGUGGCAAGAUUAGAACAUCCUCUCUCUUCAUCCUGGGAUCAUGAAAGCAGUUUCCGAUGUUUUGUUUACAAGAAGAACUACUCCGGGUUCCUGGUUUCAAUGUCAGGGGGAGCAGAGUGUAACCUGUAUACAGCCACAGAGGGUCAUACCACAUUCAAGAUUAAAAAAUUAGAGGAGAGUGAAACUAGAUGUGAAUAUCCGACCUGGUUCAGGAACCAUAGAAGAUAUAUGAGUAUAGAUGCUGCUCAUCAAUAUCAUCUUAAUCACAAGGGAACCAUCCUUUCUCUCAGAGGAAAAGAGGAGGACGGAUCUGAAGGUUUGACCCAGGAAAACAAGCUGACCGCUGGGUUGGAAGAAAUCAAAAACCUAGAAUGUUCCAAAAUCUACGAAAAUUCUGAAAAUUCGACAAAAAUGGUUGUUCUUUCUACUAUGGACUGUGAGAGUGGAUUUCAAUGUGUCCAGCUUGAGAAGGUUUCGGAGAACGUGGUUCGUCUCCAGGUUGGCAGAUUAACACACACCAAGGAUGAAGCCUGUCAUCCCCAACUCUUCUUCAAUAAUAUCCAUCCUAUUCUACUGACAAGUCUUCAUUUGAGCAGCCAAGUUUGUCCGUUGAGUGGACAAUACAAGAUCAGAUCUGAUCUGUCUCCAGGAGCAGCAGUGUCCAUCUCCUCCGUACCUAAGAUGGACCUGGAUAUCUCCUCUGUAUCUGAGGUGGACAUGAAUACAAAGUGCCCUUCUCUUCUCUCCUCAUGUACAAACACACAUACUCUAACAUUCUCACAUAACUGUGGAAAAUCUGUUCAAGAUUAUAACUGUCAUGACUCCUGGGAGACAGGGUUGAAUCAGAAGAUGUUGAUUCUCUCACAGUCCGCUUUAAGUGCCAAGAAAUUCUGUAUUAUCGUCAAUAAGACCAAAGACGACCUGAGCCUUGUUGUGCGAACCACGUGCGAUACGGAAGCUGAAACAACUGGUGAUUCAAAAAAGAUUGCGACAACCUAUCAUGGUGACUGUUCUCCAACUGCACUGGCUACAGCGAAUGGUAUCUCCAGUUGGCAACUAUCUUCGGUUUUACUUGAUCUCAUUCUCAUGCACGUCUUUCAAUCUCUUCGGGGAGUUAACAUGGAUCCAGAUUUCAUUUAAAUGUGAACAAAAUUUAUUCUUACUUUUUAAAAUCUUUGUUAAACGUUCUCCUUCUAUCUUUCAUCCUAAGCUUCCUUACUUUUUUAUCUCUCAUUUAUCCUUUAUCACACAUAUUUCCUAACCUAUCUUUUUUAUCAUUCAUACUUCCAAACCUAUCUUUUCCCUUUAUCCUUCAUCCUACAUACUUCCUAACCUAUAUUUUUCCUUUAUCCUUUAUCCUACAUACUUCCUAACCUAUCUUUUCACUUUAACCUUCAUCUUAUAUGCUUCCUAACCUAUCUUAUCCCUUUAUCCUUCAUCCUACAUACUUCCUAACCUAUCUUUUCCCUUUAUCCUUCAUCCUACAUACUUCCUAACCUAUCUUUUCCCUUUAUCCUUUAUCUUACAUACUUCAUAACCUAUCUUUUCCCUUUAUCCUACAUACAUCCUAACCUAUCCUUUCCCCUUACCCUUUAUCUUACACACUUCCUAUUCUAUCCUUUCCUUUUUCCCUUUAUCUUACAUACUUCCCGACCUAUCUUUUUCCUUUAUCCUUCAUCCUACAGACUUCCUAACCUAUUCUUUCCCUUAAUCUUUCAUACUUUUAAACCUAUCCUUUCCCUUUAUCCUACAUUUUCCCUAACCUAUCCUUUCCCUUUAUCCUUUAUUCUACAUACUUUCUACCCUAUUUUUCCAUUUUUCCUUUAUCCUACAAACUUCCUAACCUAUCUUUUUCCUUUGUCCUUUAUCCUGCAUACUUCGUAACCGAUCCUUUCCAUUUUUCCUUUAUCCUACAUACAUCCUAACCUAUCCUUUCCAUUUAUAUUUCAUACUUCCUAACCUAUCCUUUCCAUUUAUAUUUCAUACUUCCUAACCUAUCCUUUCCAUUUUUCCUUUAUCCUACAUUGUCAUAAAACUUUCCAAUUUUAUAUUUUUCCCCACCAUUUUCUCUGAGCUAAAAUUGUAUUGUAUCUCUCUGCAGUUGGAAUGAUUAUAUUUGUGUUAAAUGUGUGAACCUGCUGAGAUUUCAGUGGAUAGGGUGGUGAAGGACUUGAUGAAAUAGAAAAUGAAAAUUGAAAAUUAAACUUCAUGGGGUGCCAAUGGGGUUUAUUAAAUAAAAGAUUCUUUUCUAUUCAAUUAUUUUUCUGGAAAUUUCCACCGGUUCCUUUAAAUCCAGUUUAUCCCAGACAUUUCCCAACUCUUGAACUCCCAAUUGUGUAUUUUAAUAAAAGCGAGGGGAGCCCGUCUCUGGGAAUAGAAUUUUAGAUCUUGUGACUUUUAUCAUUUUCUUUAAACCUUCUCCAUCCUACAUCUUACACCUUCUCUAUCCUAGACCUUUUCCAUCCUACACCUUCUCCAUCCUGCACCUUCUGUAUCCUACACAUUCUUCAUUCUACACACCUUCUCUUUCCUGCACCUCCUUCAUCCUGCUUCAUCUCCAUCCUAUACCUUCUCUGUCUUACACAUUCUCCAUCCAGCACCUUCUCUAUACUACACCUUAUCCAUCCUGCACCUUCUCCAUUCAAUACCUUCUCUAUCUUACACCUUUUCCAUCUUACACCUUCUCUAUCCUGCGCAUUCUUCAUUCUACUCCUUCUCCAUCCUGUACCUUCUCUAUCCUACACCUUCUCCAUCCUGCACCUUCCCUAUCUCAAACUUUCUCUAUCCUUCACCUUCUUCAUUCUACUCCUUCUCCAUCCUUCACCUUCUCCAUCCUACACCUUCUCUAUCCUAAACCAUAUCUAUCCUACACCUUCUCUAUCUUACACCUUCUCCAUCCUACACCUUCUCUAUCCUACACCUUCUCUAUCAUACACCUUCUCUAUCCUACACCUUCUCUAUCUUACACCUUCUCUAUCCUACACCUUCUCCAUCCUACACCUUCUCUUAUUAAGGGAUUGUUAAUAAGAAGAUGAAUCGUAAGAUUGGUCUGAUAUUUGUAAUAUUAAUUUCUUUGCUGCUUGAAAAUUGAUUAUUCGAAUUUUUCUAAUAUUUUGAUCUUUUAUACAGUUUGCAGUAUAUUUAGAUCUUAUAGGUGUUGCUGUUUAAAUGUUAUUGUUAAUAUUAUGUACCGGCCGGUUUAUGCGCUGUGUUUACUGUACUUUUUAAACUGGUUCUACGUUUCCGGGAUCUCUUCUAGUAUUUUUAUAAAGAUGUAACUUUGCAAUUGUAUGUAGUACAUAUAUGUUAAUUAAAAAUUCUCACAAAA